CAACAAGUUCCACCCGGACACAGUUUCGGUGACACCGAAGCGUCCGACAGCAAAACAAACCCGAGCGGAGAGUUUAGCCGUAGCUGUAUCCAUUCCAGCCACUAACCAGUCAGCGUCCCUCGCUUCUCCGGAUCAGUUCGGACCCGGUUCGAUCGCGGCAGCAUGCACGCGGAGUUUCGGGCUCCGCGGAGACGCGCGCGCGUGCACGAGGAGUUCGUGGCUCCGUUGCCGGUGAGCCGCAGCCCGGAGGAGAGGAGCCACUUCCGGGCGGAGCUCAUCAACCAACACGUGCUGGUCUGCGACCCGGAACACAUCCAGAAAAUCUACAACCAGGGUUACUUUGGUAAAGGCGUGCUGUCCCGAGCCAGACCGGACCACAACAUCUCGGACCAAUGGGAGCAACACCAAGGUCUGCUUCUGCCCGUCGUCUCCCAGUCCAGGUAUGAGGAGCUGCUCCGGUGGGCGGGGGCUUCUCUCUCUGCGCAGGGAUUGGAUGAAGACGCUGUCAAUCAAACGCUGCUCAGCCUCUCUCAGCCAGUAAAGAUGGAGGAUGUGAGGAGGGAGGGGGGAGAGGGGGAGGAUGGACAGAGGGGGAAGGAGCCAGCAGCAGGGGGCGGAGCCUGUCCCCACCAGAAGAGGCAGCGUCGGGGGUCAGAGGUCGGGGCAGAGGCCAAGAAAAGCUCCAGAUUGUUUGUUGAGGUGGAUCAUGAACCCCCACCCACACCCCCACCAAAACCACACCCCAAACCCAAUUCAGACCCUGACCCUGACCCAGACCCAGGCUCUGAUCCUGAUCCGGAUCCUCUGGUUCCAGGUCCUGGUUUUGUCCUGCUGGUCCCUGACGGUGAGGUGUGUGGGGGGGUCAGGGAGGUCCGGCGGACCCCGAUCUCUGUCCCAGAGUACCUGCAGCUCAGUCUGGAGGAGGCCUUCUUCCUGGUCUACAGUCUGGGCUGUCUGUCUGUCUACCUCAACCAGGAGCCUCUGUCAGUCAUCCAGCUGUGGAGGAAGUUCCGGUCCCUGCGGCCUGACUUCGUCUGCUCGUUCUCAGCCUAUCAGCACUGUCGGAGCAGGGGGUGGGUCCCUAAAGGAGGGGGCGGGGCCAAAUACGGCGUUGACCUCAUGUUGUACAGGAAAGGACCACCUUUCUACCACGCCAGUUAUUCGGUGGUAGUUGAACGGGCUGACGAUGCAUUCAGGGGCUCGCCAUUGCGUCCGUUUUCGUGGCGUUCUCUGGCGGCUCUCAGCAGGAUCACCUCCAACGUCUCCAAGGAGCUGAUGUUGUGUUACAUCAUCUUUCCAGCCGACCAAUCGGAAGCCGAGCUGGACUCACCUGCCUGUCUGAGCAGACUGAAGGUUCAGGAAGUGAUCGUCAGCAGGUGGGUUUCCUCCAAAGAGCGCGCUGAGCAGGAAGACUUCUGAUUGGCUGAUGGGAGACAUCAGCAAUAUCACAGAGUGAUGUCACAAAGACAGACUCAUGACAUCAGCCAAAAGAGGAUGAAAUACUGUUUUCAUUAAAGAAAAUCAUAAAGUA